AUGAGCCAUGUGCAUCUGUUGAGUGAGCUGACAACAAUCACAAACAAUUUGGCUCUGUUCAUUCCGCUUGGUGUUCUUUAUCUCUAUGGACGACCUCCACUGCCUUCCAAAGGUUUAGAGGCCCCUGAUGGCUGGAGCUGGCUCGAGCUGCCGUAUCAAGGCGAUCUGGAAUUUGAGCCCGGUAAAGGAUUGAGCAGUAUUAUGCACGACUUGCGCUAUUUGCACUCUCGGGGCCAUGUGAGGCUGACGUAUAAGCCACUUGAAAGCGAGGUUUCAGUGGUGAGGCUCUAUGUACUGCCUCACGAUGUCAAAAAUUGGCAAGUGGUGCAGAAGUUCAGAUCUCUAUACGCUCGUGGCGGACGUACAGACAAUUGGCAUGCGAAGACGUACAGGAAUGUUAUGCUAAACUUAAUCAAAGUUCUCGAUUAUGAUGAGGAUGCAUGGAAUCUCGCGUCCGAUUCCCAGCUGCUAAAUUACCUUGAGAGCCACAACAUUCUUCUGUUUCCCUCGACAAGCCAAUUCAAAGCCUACAACCUAGCAAACAUAGGCAGAGUCUUUUUGGAUGAAUCGUUCGAUCAUCAUCUGAGGAGGAUGAUAAAUCGUUCGUCGUAUAUGCGAUCUCUAGAAGAAGCCAAAAACGAAACCGUUGAGGAUAGACUGAUCAGAGUUUACAAUCAGGUCAAUUCGCCCAGUUUUAAUUUGGAGGAACUGGACCCUGGGUCGAGAGAGACCAUCAAUGAAAUCUUGAACGGAAAGAUUCCUGGAAUGAAAAGUGACUUAUACAAUUAUCAGAGACGGAGUGUUGCAAAGAUGUACGAAAAGGAAGUCUCGAUCAAAUCAGUCCAUGUUCCCAAUCUGAUCGUACUUCCUCGAGGCAGCAAAUCCUUCUAUUUGGACAUACAAUCGCUGAUUUUCAUGAAUAAUGCAUCGUUCUAUCAUACACCAAGAGGAGGGAUAUUAGCGGAAGAUAUGGGUUUGGGAAAGACGUGCAUAUGCUUGGCCCUUGUAUGUCUUUCAAAAUACCAAAUUUCUGAAAUUCCCCGGGAGAAUCGCUCAAGAACUAGUCACAAGCGUAUGCUGUCCCUUUUGGAUAUAUGCGCCAAACACAUCAACGAGCACUCUAUAGAAUGGAAGCAGUUUUACCACGAGCUACCUCGUGCUUGCGUCCAGAAAUUAGAAACCAAUCUGGGCUGCUUUGAGAUCUUGCAGCUCAAGGUUCCCAACUACACAACUAGAACGAGUCGAGAUGUUGUCGCCGAGACUAGAAAAUUGUAUGUCUCAUCUUCGUCAUUGAUCGUCGUUCCUGACAAUUUAUUCCAUCAGUGGAAAAUCGAGAUUCGAAAACAUGUACAGGAGAGUUACCUGAAAAUACUGGAGCUGCAAGGACAAACUGAACUUCCUCAAAGUGUGGCCGAAAUAAUCAAUAAUGACAUCGUUCUCAUAUCUUUGAACUACUUCUCAAGACAAUCUGAAAAAUCAGACUCAAUUUUAAGGUCGAUAUACUGGAAAAGGCUGAUCAUCGACGAAGGACACUCAAUGAACUCCAGGUCCACACGGGCUGUGCUGCUUGCCAAGCAGCUGGCUGUCGAGCGCAAGUGGACGAUCACUGGAACGCCUACACUUGGACUCACUAAUUUACAUGUGGAAGAAACAGAGGAGGACUAUACCAUCAAACGGAAGUUUAACGCCAGAGACGACUUGGUGAAAUUAGGCACUGUCGUCUCCAACUACCUGAAAGUUGAACCAUGGAGUACAAACCCUAAGUUGUGGCUCAACAAUGUGAUCAAACCAUUCGAAAAUAACAGUUUGAACGGAGAUCAUCAGCUGAUGCAAAUACUGCAGAAUAUGCUUGUGAGGCAUGCUGUGAAAGAUGUUGAGUUUGACAUCAAGCUCCCAAAGCUAACGCACCAGCCGGUGUUUCUCAAGCCCUCCUUUUUUGACAAGCUGUCCAUCAACUUAUUCAUAGCAGUUCUUGCGACCAACGCGGUCACCUCCGAGAGAACGGACAGGGAUUACAUGUUUCAUCCCUCAAAUAAGAGCGUUUUGAGAAGACUGAUCGAUAACCUUCAGAAAGCUACUUUUUACUGGACCGGCUUUUCAAUUCAGGACAUUGAGAAUCUGCUCAGUAUUUGCAACUACGCGCUGAAUACUAUCAAAAAUAGGUACUCCAAAGAAGAUAUUAAACUGCUGCAGAGCUCUGUCUAUACCGCCAAAGUUGCCCUGAGUAACUCACGAUGGAGAACCAAUUGCAGUGUUCACGAAAUGAGCUAUUUCGUUUCCAAUUUGCCGCAAAUGUUCCACAAAACCAUGUCAGUCGCUAACUACGAGUACGAAGUAGACGACUUCCAUAACCCAGUGGGCGUUUACGGGUAUCCACAACUGCAUGCUGUUCAGAAACUAUUCUAUAAAAAUCGGCUGGUGAAAGAGAGUUCUACUUUUGAGAGAAUAUUAGAGGAAAGCUCAAAAGAGUUCUGGGUCAGAUACUGGAAAUCCAACGAUUCCAAGGAAAGUCGGAAACGGGGGCCAUCAAGGGUUUCGAACCAGGACAGUAUUGAUCUGGACAGUGUUCGACUAAUCAACCACGAACCCAAAUGGAAAAACGAGUUUGAUCCUGCAAAGGAAGAACUCAAGAUAACGGCUAGACCCCAGAAGCGGACCACGAGAAACCAUUUCGAGUCUUUGAACCAAUCACCCCGGAAGAAGAUCAAAUAUAUUCCUGAAGGAUGCAAUACCCCUAGAACUCCAGAGCCUGUGAUACCGGAAGGAAAUUUUGCGUCGCAUUUGCGCCAUGCUCGAAUCUUGGGUACUGCGUCUGCUAAAUUAUCUUACUUGACAUCACGGCUACUGGAGAAUCAAACCCUAGGAAUCAAGUCGAUUGUGUUUUACGAGUUCGAAAACAGCGCCUACUAUCUCACUGAACUGCUUGACCUGUUAGGCAUGAAUUAUUUGAUGUAUUCGACUUUUGUCAAGAUAGCGGAGAGAUCUAAUAACCUGACAAAAUUCGAUUUGUGGGAAACCUCCGUCAACGGUGGUAUAGUUCUAGUGAUGGAUGUGAAAUUGGCAUCACAUGGCUUGACAAUUAUAUCCGCAACCAAUGUAUUUUUCAUCAAUCCGAUCUGGAAUAAAACAGUGGAAGCACAGGCAAUCAAAAGAUCACAUAGGAUUGGACAAACCAAGGAGGUGCACGUUGAAACUCUGAUACUUGACAAUACAAUCGAGAAAGAGAUGUACUUGAAGAGAAGUCAGACCAAGGUGGACGAGACCAAAGAAUUGAUUGACAAUACGGGAAUGCAGGAAUACAUUAUGCGUUUCGAGUUCCUUAAAUUAUUUGAGGACUUUCAAGAGGAAUACGAGCCAAUUCGCUCUCAAACUCGUUAUAAAAUGGACCUGUGCACGCAAAAGGAUGACUAUGACGACGGCUUGAAGCUGUUUGGCGUUGAGAGCACGGUUCAAAACGGGAUAAGGACCUGGAAUCUUCCUUUGUUCACGGAAGAGAGUUUGGCACGUACCACAGAAAAUGAGUCCAAGAUCAAAGACGAGCCAAUUGAUAUUUUCAAGACGGACUUUGAGAUGCAAAAAGAAGCCACCUUUUCUGGCAAGCUUCUGCAAAAGCUCAAAAGUCAACGAAAAACUGUCCGAUUCGGCUAA